AGAGGACUGGAAGCGGCCGCGAUCUCGCGAAGGAGGAGUCGACGCGCUCGCGAGAUCUCAGGCCGCUGGCUCCGGAAGGUUCCGAAAUCGAAGGGCCCGGAGGCGGCCCCGGGGCAAAUGGCCGGCGCUGGACCAGCGGUGCUGCUGCGAGAGGAGAACGGCUGUUGCAGCCGGCGUCAGAGCACCUCCAGCGCCGGGGACUCGGAAGGGGAGCGCGAAGGUUGCUCGGCGGCGCGCGCGCGGCAGCAGCUGGAGGCGCUGCUCAACAAGACCAUGCGCAUCCGCAUGACGGACGGGCGGACGCUGGUCGGCUGUUUCCUCUGCACGGACCGCGACUGCAACGUUAUCCUGGGCUCGGCUCAGGAGUUCCUCAAGCCGUCGGAUUCCUUCUCUGCGGGGGAACCCCGUGUCCUGGGCCUGGCCAUGGUGCCUGGACACCACAUCGUUUCCAUCGAAGUGCAGAGAGAGAACCUGGCAGGGCCUCCUUAUCUCUGAUCGAGGUCACGCCGCCCUGACUCCAUUAAAAGUGA